AUGUUCUUCAGGUCACUCACGAGGGUGUCCAUGACUCCGCUUCGGUCGGUUGUGACUGGGGUGAGGUCCAACAUCUGCAUCAAGCUCGCGUCCACCUACAUCCAGCCGACGUUCUCCAGCAUGCUCACACCACCUAUGAUGUACAAGAACAUAAUAAGAGAAAAGUUCGUUGAACCAGAAUCAGAAGAUAUUGUGGGGAUGUCGCUAGACUCAGUCAAGAGAAAGAGAAAAUUGAAGAUGAAGAAGCACAAGUUGAGAAAGAGAAGAAAGGCCCAACGUGCUUUGAGAAUCAGGUUGAACAAAUGA